GGAAACGAAAGAUCAAAUUGCUAAUCCUAUGGACGAUCCAGUACCAACCAUCGAGGAUAUUGGAAGCGAUUCGGCAAUCGGCACUAGUGGCAACAGUCCCACAAAUUUGAACACUCAAAGAACACAUCCGAACAUCAACGUUCAAUCUACACAGCAGAACACCGUUACGAUACCGAAAGUAACGCAGAACGAUCCGCCCAAGUCAACGUUUCAAGUCAACACUCAACCAAAUUCGAGUAAGAACCAGUCCGUGCCUUCAAGUGCCAAUCAACCUCCGAACAGUCCAGUGCAAAAUCAAACAGUGGUUAUGAAUCAGCCACCGACUUGUACAGCAAAUUUUAUUAGUCAAGCUCAACCAGUAGCAUCGAAUAGUGUUCAGUUGACCAAUCAACAACAGUCGUUUGCGUCGAACUCUCAUUCAACAGGCGUAAUGUCAGCGCCAACUAACAACCAAAACCAAACGGUCAUUAACACCACAGAUGUGGCAUCGAAUGUUUCAAAUGCAGCUACAAAGCAAAUGAAUACAUCGAAUACGUUGACCCACCAGCCCAUAAUGUCCAGCAAUUUUCAAACUGGCACGGGAUACAUACAUCCGUUGUCAAAUCAACCACUACCAGUUGUCUAUCAGCCAUAUACAUCGAAUCCGCAUGUAACUCAUCCGGUGUACCAGCCAGUCUACUAUAAUCAACAUUUGGUUACGUCAGCGAGUACAACACAACAACCUGGAACUGCUCAGGCUGCUUCUAUGAAUAAUUCACCAGCUGGCUAUCAAUCCAACCAAAGAUUUACUUACCCUGGUGCGAUGAAUCUCCCUUACGCUCCACACUACUACACAGCAGCUGCAGCGCCAAAUUCACAAAUGAUUCAAAAUCCCGGUGGCAUCAGACAAUUAACUGCAGAACAAAUCGCUUCUCGUCAAGUCGUACCGAGAGACUUACCGACAUUUUAUGGUGAUGCAGAGGAUUGGACUAAGUUCUUCAGUGCCUAUCAAAAUUCCACUACUGUAUGUGGUUACAACAAUAGUGAAAACCUCGGUCGUUUACAGAAAGCUUUAAAAGGAGAUGCUGAGGAAGCUGUUCGCAGCCUGUUAGUACACGCUGAUGCGGUACCUGAGAUUAUUCGUACACUGUUCUCAUUGUUUGGUCGGCCUGAAAUAAUUAUCGACAAAAUGAUUACCGAUAUUCAUAAGGAACAGGCACCGAAAGAUGAUGAUUUGGCAUCAAUCCUGAAAUUUGCGAUCAAAGUGAAGAACCUAAGUCAUUCGAUUCGCAAUACUGGCGUUAUGGAACAUUUACGAAAUCCAACUUUGAUCAAUGCAAUCACUGACAAGCUUCCAGCACAAAUGCAAUUGAGGUGGGCUUAUCACAAGCAAGCUGUAGGUUAUACUGACCUUGGGGUUCUUGGAGACUGGCUGAGCCAGAUCGCCGAAGCGGCUAGUCUUGUAGUACGAAGAAGCAUCAAAACCAGUUCGAAGAAAAAAGAACAACAAAAAGAUCAGCAAAGUUCAGCUAAACCAAAUCCAAGUUCAACGAAGCCAAAUACAUACGUCAACACACAAGUCGAGAACACAUCAGAGAAAUCGAAUUACCAGUCAGCCACAAAGUUCAAAACGUGUCCUGCUUGUAACAAUAGUUCCUGCUCGAAGCUCUCCACUUGCAACAAAUUCAAGGAGAUGAAUCGUAGCGAUAAAUCGCUCGUAAUCAAAGAGAACAAAUUGUGUACUCGAUGCCUGGGUGGUCAUCACUUCUUUCGAUGUCGGUCUAAUUUGGUAUGCAAGGUCGAGGGAUGUAAAGCUAAACACCAUACAUUGCUGCACAAUCCGGAGAAACCGUCUGAGACACCAAACGUCAAUAGUAAUCAAGGAAAUGGUGAAAAAACCUCACCAGAUAAAUUCAGCACAAAUGCAAGUCACACAAACAACACCGUAUCCAGACCGAACGACCGUAUCGAUAUAUUUCGUAUAGUUCCAAUUACCGUGUUCGGCAAACAAACAUUUAUUCAUACGUUCGCAUAUCUGGACGAUGGAUCAAAUAUGACUACAAUGGAAGCUAGUCUAUCCAAUGAAUUGAAUUUAAAGGGCACGUCAGCUCCAAUUUGUGUAGAUUGGGCAUUCGGGUACACCCAUUCAGUGGAAUCAAAAACAGUUUCGGUGCGAAUCUCUGGACGUUUUAAUGGAUCCGAACAGUAUGAAUUGGAUAAUGUGCGAACAGUUAAGGAACUACAUUUGCCGACACAGUCGAUUUCACAACAGUGGCUUGAUCAGUAUAAACAUCUUCGUGGCCUUCCAAUAACUACAUACGAGUCGGUAAAACCGAGGAUGUUAAUUGGCCUACAGUAUUCCCGUUUAACUGUUUCGCUAAAAACGAUCGAAGGAAAUGUAAAGGAACCAUUGGCGUGCAAAACUCGAUUAGGUUGGGUAGUUCAAGGCCCGAGCUACGACCAAAACAACCAACUGGAACGCAAGUAUAGCAUGAACAUGUGUGAAUGCCAGUCUCAUGACAUCAAAUUGCAUCAGUUGGUAAAAGAAUAUUUCUUAAACGAAAACUUGGAUGUGAAAAUCCCGAACGCUGUGCUGGAAUCGAACGAAAUACAAAGAGCGAAGCAGAUCAUGGAAGCAACCACAUCGAAAAAAGAUGGUCGAUAUGAAACCGGACUGCUGUGGAAAUAUGAUCGAAUUGAACUUCCCGACAGUUACCCAAUGGCGUUAAAAAGACUGCAAUGUCUAGAGUCUAAAAUGUCGAAAAAUCCACAACUCGCGGACAAUCUACGAAAUCAGUUCCGGCAGUUUGUGGACAAAGGAUACAUCAGGAAAUUGACACCAGAAGAACUUGAAACGAAAAGCGAUUCACCAACUUGGUACUUACCAACAUUCCCAGCAUUCAACCCUAAGAAACCGGAGAAAGUUCGAAUUGUUUGGGAUGGCGCAGCCAAAGUGAUGAAAAUUUCUUUGAACUCCGUGCUACUAACUGGACCAGAUCAACUCAUACCGUUGCCCGAUAUACUUCGCAGAUUUCGGGAACGACUUAUAGCCAUGAUUGGUGAUAUAAAGGAAAUGUAUCACCAGAUCAAAGUAAUUAAAGCUGAUCAGAAUGCUCAACGAUUCUUAUGGAGAGAUGGUGAUUCAUCAAGGAAACCUGACGUAUAUGUAAUGCUGGUUGUAUCGUUCGGCUUAACAUGUUCACCAAGUCAAGCCCAAUUCAUAAAGAACAAAAACGCACUCGAAUUUAUCAAAGAAUUCCCGGAAGCAGUCAACACUAUCAUCAACAAUCACUACGUGGAUGACAUGCUCGACAGCGAACACACUGUUGAUGCUGCCGAAAAACGAAUAAAAGAGGUCAAAUUCAUUCAUCAAGAAGGUGGCUUCGAAAUUCGCAAUUUCAUUUCUAAUUCGAAGGAACUUCUACGAAGAAUCGGAGAGAAUACCGAAUCGGAGAACAGAAAUAUGAACAUCAGCGUCGAACUUGGUACCGAACGCGUUCUUGGCAUGUUUUGGAACAUGGAAACCGAUUGCUUUACGUUCUCAUUGAAAUUCACAAGAAUCAACGAGAAUAUUCUGUUUGGAAAACAGUGCCCAACCAAACGAGAAGUUUUACGCACCUUGAUGUCCGUGUUCGAUCCGCUUGGAUUGUUGGCUAAUUAUUUGAUUCACAUCAAAAUCCUAAUACAACACAUAUGGCGAAGCAACGUGGAUUGGGACGAAGAAGUAACUCCGUCGAUUUUCAAUAAAUGGUUGGCAUGGAUCAAAACAUUACCGAGCGUUGAAAAUAUCCAAAUUCCCAGACUAUACUCGCCAAAGUUAUCUCCAAAUGCGCCAAAUUCAAUCCAGCUACACAUCUUCGUUGAUGCAAGCGAAGAAGCCUAUGCCACAGCAAUAUAUCUUCGAAUCGAAGACGACGAUGGUAUCGAUUGUUGUUUAGUCGGUGCUAAAACCAAGGUGGCACCAAAUAAACCAACUUCAACACCUCGAUUGGAGCUACAAGGUGCGGUGCUAGGAACUCGCUUGGCAAGCAGUAUCAAGUCCAGUCAAACGUUGAAGUUCGAUAAGCAAGUUUUCUGGACCGACUCUCAAAACGUAAUGGGGUGGGUUAACUCCGAAGCUAGAAAGUACAAGCAGUUCGUGGCAUUUCGAAUAUGUGAAAUUCUGGAGUCAUCAGAUCAAAACGAAUGGCGAUGGAUUCCGUCCGAACAUAAUGUCGCUGAUGAGGCAACUAAAUCAAAAGAGAUCGCAAGAUUGGAUUCGUCAUCUCGUUGGUACAAGGCUCCAGAGUUCCUGUACGACAAAGAAGAAGAUUGGUUCAAAGACCAAGGCGAUAUCGAAUAUUUUACCGAAAACGAAGUGAGACCAAGCUUUUCAAUGGCUUGUCGUGAAAUCAUUCGACCGCAAAUCAUCGACAUUGAAAGGUUCUCUCAAUGGAAUCGGCUUGUUAGAGCUCAAGCAUAUGCUCUCAGAUUCAUUUUCAAUGUUCGCCAUUCACAACAAGAACGUCAAUUCGGGCCGCUGGUACAACAGGAAAUCCUCGAUGCCGAAAAUCACUUGUAUCGUCGUGCACAGUCAGAUUGUUUUCUAGACGAGAUAGUGGUAAUGAAGCACAAUCAAAAUAGACCGCUAAAAGAGCAAAAAGACUUCGAAAAGUCUAGUAUUCUACGCACUUAUUCACCAUACAUCGACGAAGACGGUGUUAUUCGAAUGCGUGGAAGAAGCGAUGCAGCCACCGUUUUAUCGCACGACACGAAACGUCCAAUCAUCCUUCCAAGACGUCAUCGGAUUACUCGUCUCAUUGUGGAUUAUUAUCAUCGACGUUACAAGCACAUCAACCAUUCUACUGUCCUCAAUGAAAUCCAACAGAAAUUCAUUAUACCGGCUCUUCGUGUGGUCCUGAAAAGCAUUAGAACAUCAUGCCAAAAAUGCAAAAAUUUAUCGGCAGAACCGAAGAUUCCCGAGAUGGCCGAGCUUCCUCCUGGGCGAUUAGCGGCGUAUACUUUACCAUUUACUUUCGUCGGAAUAGACUUUUUUGGCCCGAUAAGAGUUAGAAACGGAAGAAAAACGCGAAACCGUCCAGUGAUCAUGGAAAAAAGAUGGGUUCUAUUGUUCACUUGCUUAACGACACGAGCCAUUUGGAUGGAGAUCACUCAUUCACUUGAAACGAAUUCCUGCGUUAUGGCCAUCGACAACUUCAUUUCGAGGAAAGGCCAGCCGAAGAGAGUCUUCUGCGACAAUGGUACGUCGUUUCACGGUUCGGAAAAGGAGCUACGUGACGAAUUCAGUAAAAUAAACCAAAGGGACUUGGCAGAAAGAUUCACUAGUUCUGAGAUGGAAUUCAGAUUCAAUCCACCGGCUACUCCACACAUGGGUGGAGUAUGGGAACGUCUCAUUCGCACAGUCAAAUCAUGCCUUAAACAAACAAUGCUAACCAGAUGUCCUAACGACGAAAUGUUAAAAAAUCUAAUCGUGUCGGCUGAGAAUAUCGUCAAUUCAAGACCGCUGACUUACGUGGCAUUGGAAUCGGCUGAUGAAGAAGCAUUAACCCCGAACCAUAUCUUGCUUGGAUCUUCGAAUGGAAGAAAACCGUUGGGAGAGUUCCCCGACAAAGACUUAGCAAGAAACACCUACAAAGCCGUACAAAUUCUUGCGAAUAAUUUUUGGCGGCGAUUCGUCUUGGAGUACAUGCCAACACUCACCAAAAGAACAAAAUGGUUCAAGCAAAUGGAGCCGAUCAAAGUCGGUGACGUCGUGAUAGUAGUCGACGAACGGAACGAGCGUAAUACAUGGCCAAAGGGAAUCGUCGAGAAACUUAUGCCUGACAAAAGAGGAAUUGUGCGGCAAGUUAUGGUGCGAACAGCUAAAGGAAUUCGACGACGAUCUGUUGGGAAGCUAGCCGUUUUGGAUGUGAAACCGCCCAUGGAAGAUGUCAAUCAGGACUCAAUGGUGUCGAUUCACGGAGAGGGGAAUGUUGGGCAGCAACACAUGACCGGCAACACUGAUCUACAUCCAUUUCAUUCAGCAACAGGAUUGCCUGAUUCUGCUGUAAAUUAGUGACAGUCGUGGUACCGGAAAAACAUUUGUUCUUUUGAUUUCAUUAGAAAACGGCCAAGUGAUUCAAAGCUCGAAGUAAAUUUAAUUUAAUCGUAAAAUCGAUCCGUUCAAAUCGAUCAAUUAUUUCUUUUAAUCGAAGUACGUAGUGUGUUGUGUUGUGAGAUAACGAUUGUUGCUAGCGGAGUUUGCCAAGGAGGUAAAAAUUGAUUUUUUCGUGAAGCACCAAGUGUGCAGGUUUUCAUUUGCAGUUUGAUUGAUUUACAGGCGAAACGUUCGCGGAACAUUAUAAUUACACGAAUCAACAGCCUGUGUUGUAAGCUGUCGAAUCGUGAACUUUAUAGUUACAUCGCUCAUACACACACACGCACGCGCAUUGAUCUGAAUUGUUAUUUAUCGGCAAAGGAAUGCUAAACGUAAGACAAUUAAUGAAAAGCUUUGUUAACAUAGUUUAACGAUUUAUGAAAAUUUGUUACAGAAAUUUGAAGUGUUUGAUUAAAGAGUUGAAAUCAAGACGUGACGUUUCCUUUAACUCAACGACACUCACAAAUUUAAAAUCCAGCCGACAAGAAGUUGCAUUUAGCACCAAUAAGUGCCCGUUCGCAACAAUUACAGAAAAUUUUUUAUGCAAAACUGGCAAAAUUAAAAUGAAUCACCGUUAUUCUCGAUCGAUAUGGUGAGUUAAAAUAAAAUUCACGUACAUUACAAUUAUUCAUCCAUACAGUCAAAAAUAACAGCAGUUUUUCCCAACAACACAACAACAACAAAAAUGUUGGAAGAUAAAACUGAAACAGUAAAGGUAAAUAAGCCGGCCGCAUAUUAUUAUUAACAAUAGUUGAAAUGAAAUCAUUUCUUCGUUUUUUUUUAUGUCGAUACAGACCAAAAUUAAAUCUCUAUUUUCUUGGAAGUUUUUUUGUUUUUUUGUUUUUUUUUUGUUUUUUUUGGUAUUCUAAGUAUGAAUGUGAACUUGUGAGAUAGAGUCUCGUAAUGCAUGGAUCGAAAUUAUCUGAAAUUUAAACAUAUUGGACCGUAACAAAAACAACAUUUCAUUUUU